GCCAUUAGUAGUUUUGCAAACCCUCGUCCAAUCCGCCGAAUCCGGCGACCAAGGUAGGCAUCCGGAGCCGCCCCCGUCGCCGUGCCGUCCAGCCCCUCCUCCUGCAGCCACCCUACCCUCCCUCCGCAGCCAGGGGGUCCCGGCCUCGCCCUCGCCCUGACUCCCCGUCGGCCGGCCCCGGCGACCGGACGAGGAAGCCCGGCAGCGCCACCAGUGGAGGGUUCAUUGUCGUCGCCCGGUCCCAGAUUCGCGUGAUCCACGCGAAUCCGGCCCCCGUCGCCUCCCCGCGCCCAUCGCCCGUCGCUCGCUCGUCGCCUCGUCGUCGGUGGUGGUGGCUCCGCCCUCCCCCUCCCUCCGCGUCGCCCAGGUCGAGCUCGUCCUCCUCCCCUCUCCCUAAGUUGGAUGAGGGGGAGGGAGGACGACAUGUCGCUCGUCAACGGCGGCGCCGUGCCGCUGCGCGUCCCCGAGGCCGCCGCCGGCCCGGCCGUGCUGGUGAAGAACCUCUACCUCUCCUGCGACCCCUACAUGCGCGGCCGGAUGCGGGACUUCCACGGCUCCUACAUCCCCCCGUUCAAGCCCGGAUCUGUUAUAGAAGGGUUGGGCGUGGCAAGAGUGGUGGACUCCACUCAUCCGGGGUUCGUCGCCGGCGACAUUGUUUCGGGAAUGACUGGCUGGGAGGAAUACAGCCUGAUUGACAAGCCUGAACAGCUGAACAAGAUUCAGCAAAGCGACAUACCACUCUCCUACCAUCUGGGGCUUCUCGGCAUGCCUGGUUUUACAACUUACGUUGGAUUCUAUGAAAUCUGCUCACCGAAGAAAGGAGAGUUUGUCUUUGUUUCUGCUGCAUCUGGAGCAGUUGGUCAGAUUGUCGGUCAACUUGCAAAGCUCCAUGGCUGCUAUGUUGUCGGAAGUGCUGGAACAAAUGAGAAACGUAAGACUGGGUGCACCUUAAACUGCAAGUGCAAGGAUUGCCGUAAUCCCUUUGGGGCCAGAGAGGCUGGUGUGUCCAACGCUAGUCCAGGAGAAACCACACCACCAUCAAGCACUGGAACGAAACCCGACCGAUGCCAUUACAAGGUAAACAGAUGCAAAAAAGCGGGGCUGUUACUGUGUGAAGCACAAGGUCAGGUGCACCUCAUAUUGCAAGUGCCUAGGGUGUGACAAUCCCAAGGGGGUCAAAGGAGGUGAGUUGAACACCGGAUCAGGAAGUGCUGAUGGCGUAGGCAACAUACCUGACGAAGCAGUGCAAACGACCACACCAUCAAUUACUGAACCAGGUCAGGUUGAUACUACCAGCAUGGCAUAUUGUCCGGAUCAACCCUCACGGCCUAUGAGCGAGUGACCAGGAUUCUAGGUAACUGAGAGGAGCUCUGCUGCUCAGGUGCUACACAAACGGAAGCAUUCCGUGGAUACUGAAGGUGCCCUUGCAGUUGCAGAACACACAGUGCAAACUGAACCAUUGGCUAGUGACACCAAUACACAGACAAUUUCAUCUCAGACUGAACUAAAUACAAAGGAGCAUCAGGCUGCAACAGUUAUUCAAUCAGCCUUUCGAGCAUUCUUGGUAUUAUAUUCUAUCUUUGAUUACCAUAUUAUUAUUGACAAUUGAAAAGAAAAUCAUGCAAAAUGUUGCAUUUUGUAACGUGCUCAGGAUUCCGCUUUAGGCCUGCAACUUGGUAAAUGCCACAAAAUGUUCAGUGAUAAUUUAAAAAUCAUAAUGGAUGAAAAUAAAGGGGAAAUCGGAUUCAUGUGAUCUUUAUCCCUUUUGUUAUUAAUGACAAAGUUCCGGUAUAUUCUUCAUAAAGAAGAUCUGUAGUGGAACAUGAUUGAUUGAUUCCAUUAGUGAAAGAAUUAGCAAAGUAAAUAGAUACAUCUCUCCACGAUAUGUUAACUUAAAUAUUUGAGUUGAAAGGUAUUAAGCUACAAUGUGCUCGCUCUGAACACGAAUAUAGAAGGCACAAUGAUCAACAUGGUACUAGAAUUGUCUAAAUUGCCCCUAAUUAAUAUUUGUCAAUACAUUCAAUGCAA